GACCACAGUCUCACUGGCAGCUGCCAUUUCUUAAUGUUAAUCCACAAAUCUCCUGUAAUCAGGAUGAGUGGACAUGCCUGUCUUAACAGAGCACCUGUGUCGAGAUUUAGAAGGAUUCCUCAGUGAUCGGAGGCCAAGCAGUAUCGGAGGGCUGGGAGGAGGGGACAGGCAGGGCCACGGCUCUGUCCGGCGGGAUCACACAGUCUCCAGUAAGAAUCCAUACUGGGAGGACUACACAGACACAGCAAGAGCGAUGAUCUGAUCACCCAGUGAGACGUGGACAACAUUAUACCUUCUUCUGAGCACUUUUAAUGAUUCCAGGGAGGGAGCAGCGAGGACACAGAUGAUGAUGAAGUGCCUGCUGAGCGUGUGAGUCCUGGCUCGUGCUGGCCAGAUGGCUGAGGUUAAAGUCACCGUGCAGGAGGAUCCAAAUCUGGGCUCUGGUCCAGAUGAGGAUGCCUCUGAGUUGUCAGUUUCUGAGAAUGAUUCAGAUUCUGGGAGUGUGCUGUCAGAUGACUCCGUGCUCCCUAACUAUGAGCGGGAAGAUGCCAGUGGAGGCCCGGCCAACACCUUGUACCAAGCCUGUGCCAAGAACAAUGCGGCAGCCCUACGCAGAGUUUUGGAGAGGGGUGCUACAAGAGACGAAGUCAUGGAACUUGACAUAAACGGCAGGAACGGUCUGAUGUUGGCCGUCUCAAAAGGCUUUGUGGAUAUUGUGUAUGGACUCAACCAAUGCCCAUUUCUGGAUAUCAAUCAUCAGGAUAAUGAUGGCAACACUGCACUCAUGAUCGCUGCACAGGCUGGUUUCGUAACCAUCCUCACCUACAUCCUAAAUUACUUCUCUGGGGUGGACAUGGAUAUCCGGGACAACCGAGGCUUCACCGCACUCCUCAAGGCUGUCAUGCAGGGCAGCGAUGACUGUGUGGCAUCACUGCUCAUGGCUGGGGCCGACAUAAAUGUUGUGGACGCCACAAGGGGGAAGAAUAUACGAGAAUGGGCUCUGCAGACAGGUCGCUUUGACACAUUAUACAAGCUUAGACGACUGAACGGCAGACCUCAGGCUGAACAAUUCUGUGAAAAAUAUGUCCCAGAGUGGCCUGACCUGAAGGAGCUGGUGGCCAAGGCCACAGCCACAAAAAGCAAAGGACAGAAGGUCGCCCAUUGCCUGAAGUCCAGGUUCACUUUUAGUUUUCCACAUGACCCCCAGGACAAUGGCAUCUUGGACCAUAUGGUGCGUAUGACCACAAGCUUCCACAGUCCCUUGGUGGUCACCGGAUGCCGUCCAUUGUGCCCCUCGAGCCCGCCGGAGAUCGGCAAGAGACGCCUGGCUGUGCCUGAACUGAUGCAGAUGCACAAGGGGAAAAAGCUUGAGGAACACACGAUACAGCAUAGCAACGGCUCCCUUUCUGUCGCGUCUACCUCUGCCUCGCUGGUCUCAUGCUGUUCCGACGCCGAACGGAGAGGCAGCGUGCUCUCAAUGGCCUCCAAUGGCGUCCGCAAGUUCGUCCCGCGCAGCAUGGCCCGCCGCAAUAGUGUGUUCCCCUCCGGCUGCAUCCCCCAAGUUCAAGUGACCAAGUCUGGAGAGCCAACACCCAAAAAGGAGAAGAAGAAGAGGCGAACCAAAGGUUACUUAGAGCCACCGAUAUGGAAGUACAAGGAAGCUAAAGAGGAGAAGAAAAAAGAGAAGAAAAAAUCAGAACAAGAGAAAGCGGAAAAAGAAGCCAAGAAAAAAGUAAAAAAAUGAGUAAACUGCCAACAGAUUGCCAUGAUGCUCUUAGAUUUGUCUGCCAUAGAUCUGUCAAACCCGCUAAUAAGAGGUAAAAGGGAAAUGGAUCAUGUUUCUAUGGAUAUUAUUCCCAUGUUUUAAAUGGAUGUAUGGCAGCGUAAUGCAGUCUAAAGACAUUUGAUUCAUCCAUAUAAC